GAGACAAGAGAGGACUUGUUGGAUUCCUAGGCUUCAGAGAAUAAGAUGGAUGCCGUCAUUGGCAAUUAGCCGUGAAGUAGUGUUUGUAUUUUUAUUUUUAUUGUGAUUCGAUCUCGUAUCUCGUAGAUUGUGAGGCAAACAGCUAGAUUUGGAUAAAAUGGCUUGGAUAUUCCAUUUCCUUGGACUCUUGGGGAUGUAGGAAAAAAACGUUUUUGUUACGUUGUUGCUAAAGACAGAAGAAAAAAGUGACACGAGAAGAGGAAGGAGGAGGGCUUUACUCGAUGUGUCUGGUUAGAUACUAAUGUGCGGAUCUCAUAUGACCAACAUUUCAAAUGGAGGAGUCAUCCCUGCAGCUGCUGCUGGUUCUGACUUCACUGCUGAUCAGCACAACAAACCAAGCCUCUCUGACUGUGAGUCCCAGCAGCUCUCAGCUGUUUGAAGGACAGUCUGUCUCUCUGAGCUGUGAGGAGGACGACAGCUCAGCUGGAUGGACUCUGAGGAGGAACAUAACCAGAGAAACCAGGACUCAGUGUGGAGAUGGCUGGGGAAGAAAUGCGAGUUCUUCCUGUAACAUCAGCUAUGUAGUCCCAUCGGACAGUGGAGUUUACUGGUGUGAGUCCAGAGAGGGAGCAACCAGUAACAGCAUCAACAUCACUGUCCCUGGUGGACCAGUGAUCCUGCAGAGUCCUGUCCUCCCUGUGAUGGAGGGAGAAGACCUCACUCUGCACUGUAAAACAGAGACGUCCUCCAACCUCCCAGCUGAUUUCUAUAAAGAUGGCUCCUUCAUCAGGACUGAGCCUGCAGGUCACAUGACCAUCCACCAUGUUUCCAGGUCUGAUGAAGGCCUCUACAAGUGCAUCAUCAGCAGUGAUGGAGAGUCUCCACCCAGCUGGGUCUCUGUCACAGAGAAACCCACAACCCUAACCUCCAUCGUGUUGUGGUCUGCUGUUCCAGUCGGUGUCCUGGUUCUCCUGGUUCUCCUGGUUCUACGAUGCAUCCGUAGGAAACCUAAAGCUGAAGUAGAAGCUGGAGAUGAUGACGUCACAUACAGUGAUGUCACAAUAUCACGUAACCUGAAACAGCCAAUCAGACGGAGCAGAGAGAGUGAUCCAGCUGCAGUCUACUCCGGAGUGAGAACAGAAGACGUCGUUAUGGACAAAUAGUGAUCAAAGACAAGAAAUCAAACAGGAAGAAAGAGCCUCCAGCAGACCCAGAGGUCCUCUACUCCUCACUGAGGAAGACCUGAACACCAUCACACCAGUCCAACCAGUGGAGUCCAGCCGGCCAAUCACUGGUCCCCAGAGAGCCUCACACCUACAUCUGUAUAGGCCCGGCGUAUUUGUCAGAGAUUUUAAACCUUUCCGAGCACAAAA